AUGAGAAAAUCCUGGGAGAAUCCUGGGAAAAUCCUGGGAGAAUUGUGGGAAAAUCGUGGGAAAAUCAUGGGAGAAUCCUGGGAAAAUCUCGGGGAAAUCCUGGGAAAAUUGUGGGAAAAUCUCAGGAAAAUUGUGGGAAAAUCGGGAGAAAAUCCUGGGGAAAACCUUGGGAGAAUCUCGGGGAAAUCCUGGGAAAAUCUCUGGAAAACCUCGGGAGAAUCUUGGGAAAAUCGUGGGAAAACCUUGGGAAAAUCAUGGGGAAAUCUCGGGACAAUUGCGGGAAAAUCUCGGGGGAAUGGUGGGAAAAUCUCGGGGAAAUCCUGGGAAAAUCUCUGGAAAACCUCGGGAGAAUCUUGGGAAAAUCGUGGAAAAUCUUGGGAGAAUCCUGGGGAAAUCUCAGGAAAAUCCUGGGGAAAUCGUGGGAAAAUCUGGGAAAACCUCAGGAGAAUCUCGGGAAAAUCUUGGGAGUAUUGUGGGGAAAUCCUGGGAAAACCUCGGGAAAACCUCCGGAAAAUUGUGGGAAAACCUUGGGAAAAUAGUGGGAAAAUCUCGGGGAAAUCCUGGGAAAAUCGUGGGAAAACCUCGGGAGAAUCUCGGGAAAAUCGUGGGAAAAUUGUGGGAAAAAUCAUGGAAAAAUCGUGGGGAAAUCUCAGGAAAAUCUCGGGGGAAUCGUGGGAAAAUCCUGGGAAAACCUCGGGGAAAUUGCGGGAAAAUCUUGGGAAAAUUGGGGGGAAAUCUCGGGAAAAUCUCAGGAGAAUCAUGGGAAAAUCACGGGAAAAUCUCGGGGGAAUUGUGGGAGAAUCUCCGGAAAACUGGGGGGAAAAUCGUGGGAAAAUCGUGAGAAAAUCCUGGGAAAAUCUCGGGAAAAUCUCUGGAAAACCUCAGGAGAAUCUCGGGAAAAUCGCAGGAAAACCUCGGGAAAAUCUUGGGAGAAUCCUGGGAAAAUCUCGGGAGAAUCCUGGGAAAAUCUCGGGAAAAUUGUGGGAAAAUCCUGGAAAACCUCAGGAAAAUUGUGGGAAAACCUUGGGAAAAUAGUGGGAAAAUCUCGGGACAAUUGCGGGAAAAUCUCAGGAAAGUCAUGGGAGAAUUGUGGGAAAACCUCGGGAGAAUCUCGGGAAAAUCGUGGGAAAAUUGUGGGAAAAAUCAUGGAAAAAUCGUGGGGAAAUCUCAGGAAAAUCUCGGGAGAAUCGUGGGAAAAUCGUGGGAAAACCUCGGGAGAAUCUCGGGAAAAUUGCGGGAAAAUCUCGGGGCAAUCGUGGGAAAAUCGUGGGAAAAUCUCAAGAAAAUCUCAGGAAAAUCGUGGGAAAAUCGGGAGAAAAUCCUGGGAAAACCUUGGGAGAAUCUCGGGAAAAUCCUGGGAAAACCUCAGGAAAAUUGUGGGAAAAUCUCCAGAAAAUUGGGGGGAAAUUGGGGGAAAAUCUCGGGAGAAUCUCGGGAAAAUUGUGGGAACGCCUCAGGAAAAUCUCGGGGAAAUUGUGGGAAAAUCCUGGGAAAACCUCGGGAAAAUCUUGGGAAAACCUCAGGGAAAUCGUGGGAAAACCUCCAGAAAAUUGUGGGGAAAAUCGGGGGGAAAACCUCGGGAAAAUCUCGGGAAAAUCGGGGAAAAAUUUCGGGAGAAUCGUGGGAAAACCUUGGGAAAAUCGCGGGAGAAUCUCGGGAGAAUUGUGGGAAAAUCUCCGGAAAAUCCUGGGAAAAGCUCGGGAAAAUUGUGGGAAAACCUUGGGAAAAUCCUGGAAAAACCUCCGGGAAAGCCGUGGGGAAACGGAGCUUCCGUAGGAAUUCCUUUGAGGGAUCUCCCCUUGGCUUUUAGGAAUUCCCUGCAAUGGGAUUUUCCCGCCGGAGCUGCGAUCCUGGAGCGAGGCCGAUCCCGAAAUUCCAGAGAUUCUUCGGGAAUCCCGGAUUCCCCAGGGAGGAGCUGCCUUUUCCCCAAAUUCCUCUUUUCCUUAAGGAAUCCCCGUCCAGGGAAUCAGGAACUGUUUGGGAUUGGGAAUCCCCGUCCAGGGAAUCAGGAAUGUUUGGGAUUGGGACAGCGAUCCCACACUUCCCCCUCCUCCUUUUCCCGUUUUCCCUUGGAAUUUCCCCCCCAUUCCCUCCUUCCCCUCCCCCAUUCCUUCACGUGCUGGGAAUUUGGGACGAGGCGUUAUCCCAAAUCAACUCGAUCCUUGGGGAUUUUUUGGGGUUUUUUUUGGGAAGGGGGCGGAGCCAGAGUUUUCCUUGGAAAACUGCGGCGUCUCCAGGAGAAGCUUUGGUCGCCCCGCCCCUUCCCGGUGAUUCCUGAUGAUCCCGGUGAUUCCCGGUGAUCCCAGUGAUUCCCGGUGAUUCCCGGUGAUCCCGGUGGCUUUGGAGCCGCAUCCCACAUUUCCCCUUCUGGAAAAGCUCCCGGGGUUUUCCAGCCAUGGCCGGGAUUUCCUGGGCGCUUUUGGCACUGCUGAUUCCAGGUGAAAAGAUCCCUAAAAGGCUUUUUCCCGGUU